CCAAAAUACUGAAGCUAAACUGAAAUCAAGACUGAGUGUGGACCGAAUGUGGAAUGGACCAGCGUUGAGUCUUUGCCACGUUCGCUUGUGUUGGUUAGAGAGGGAUAUAGAAAUAAGGGCAGUGGAGGUCGGGAGCGCAGUGCGGGGCGUUUCGUUGCAGUCAUGCCGACUCUGAAGCCGGAGUGCGCGGCGCGCGGACAGAGCGGCACCGCGACGGCGGCGCCGCCGCGCGCAAAUCUCGCGGCGAGCCCGCGCUCCACGCACCGCCGCCGCCGCCGCUCGGCCCUGCUGCCGUCGGUGCUCACGUUCGCCGUGAUCGUGGCGUCCGGAGGCCUGCUGCUGCUCAUCGAGAAGGGAAUGCUCAACGGCAUGCACACACCGGCGCCCCUAGCGAACGCCAAGCAGACGGACCACCAGCACCGCGUCGCGCCGCGGGAUCCAGCUGUGGACGUGGAAUCGCAGAUUUUGCAGGAUAUCCGUAACCGCACGAUCAGGGCGAUGUGCGGCCAGCAGAACAGCGAUCACAGCGUGUGGUCUAUGAGCUCGCCGCAGAGAAAAACCCUUCUGCAGCACAUCCUGGUGAACGAGAAGUACCGCUUCCUCUACUGCUACGUGCCCAAGGUGGCCUGCUCGAACUGGAAGCGCGUGCUCAAGGUGUUGAGCGGCGCGCUGGCCGACGUGCACGUUCAUUUGAAGAUGGACCACCACGCCGACCUCCUCUUCCUGUCCGACUUCACGCCGGACGAGAUCCGCCACCGCUUGCGCACCUACUUCAAGUUCAUGUUCGUGCGUGAGCCCAUGGCGCGCCUGCUCUCCGCCUACCGGAACAAGUUCGGCGAGAUCAAGGCCUACCAGCACAAAUACGGCGCAGAGAUCGUCCGGCGUUACCGGAAAGGUUACGCGAAGAAGGGGAAAGUAGCCGGCGACGACGUGACGUUCCCAGAGUUCGUGCGCUACCUGCUGGACGAGGACCCCGAGCGCAUGAACGAGCACUGGAUGCCCAUAUAUAACCUGUGCCAGCCGUGCGCCGUACAGUACAACUUUAUAGGCUCGUACGAGAGGCUAGAGGGCGACGCGGCGUAUGUGCUUGAGCGCGUCGGCGCGCCGCAGGACGUGCGAUUUCCCGAACGUCAGGCGUGGUAUAAACCUGUUACAAAGGAAACGUUGCAUUACUAUCUAUGUACUGUUCCUCAGAAGCUGCUUCGGGAACUUUUGCCAAAGUAUAUUCUAGACUUUUCUCUUUUCGGUUAUCCUCUGCCCAACGUCACCACUGACUACUGUCGGCACUAGCAGAGACUUCACCUAACAAAUGUAAAAAAAAAUGGCCGUUACCUUCAAUACAAUCUGUGAAGUUACAGUAUUUUGACAGUAUUUUUUUCUUUAUAACAUUUUGUACAGAAUUUUUUGUAAUUAUUAUUUCUUCAUUACGACCUCUGAAUGGUUUUUCUGACAGCCAUUGAAAGAUUUAACCACUAAGUCGCACUGGAACCCGGAUCGAAGUUUCUGAAAUCUAUUUUUAUGGACACGGCAAAUCAAGUUGUGCUGGGCACAGACUUUACACACUGCAUCGACACGAGCGCAAGAUCUUCCGACGUCAAGCGUCAUUCUUUUAAAACUGUUUUUUUUUACAUUGGUGCGUCCUUUCGAAAUAUUUUUUAUUAAACAAGCUCAUGGAUGAUACGGUCCUCCACGUUAUGAAUAUUUUUCCUGUUUCAGGGGGGAAAAAAAUAAAGAAAGAAAGAAAAUGCCCAAUAUAUUUAAAUAGCACUAUGCAAAUACUCUUCAAGCACAUUAUGGAAUAUCUGGAAGGAACCGGUUUCAGUGUAAAUCCUUUAGGAAUUCAGCUUCACAACCAGAAAAGCUCUUUUUAUUUUGGUUGUGAAACUGUAUCUAUAAAGGAUGCUUGCCAAAAGGAAACAUAGCAAAGUCAAUGAAUUAAUCUUGCUUUUAAAAAUCAACUCCAGAAAGUUCAAACAGUGAAGCCAAACCAUGUACUCAGCAUGACUGAAUUGAUUUCCAAAGCCAGAAUUAAGAAUGAAAGCUUUUUUUUUUUUUUUAAAUAUGGGAGAGAGAGAGAGAGAAUUAAACAUUGAUGAUGUUUGCUAGGAAAAACCUUGAGGAUUAAACAUCCAUUGAUUAGCAGUGGUUAUUCUCCUCCUUUCUGUCCCUGCAUCCUCUUGUGUGGAGUAGACGUCGGCUGAAAAACGAGGGCUGUAAAUAACUAAGUACAUUUUUAUUCAAAUUAAUAAGUUAAUGAAUCAAAUAAAACAUACAAAUGACUUACAAAACACAACACCGGUUUGGAUUUUGAGAGAAGUUCGCAAGCUCUCAGUAACAAUGACAGCCAUGAGGGACUUGGGUCGUUUCCCAACUUACAGUAUUGUUCGGUCUCGUUCACAGUCUGGUCCAUUAAAAGCUCUGCAGGCUUUUUAAUCCAAAAUCAUUUACAAAAAAAUAAAUAAAUGAAUUACAAAUUCUUCUGCCUGUGCCACAAAAGUGCUUAUUUAAAAAUGCAAUAGCUACACAUACAGUAUAUAUAUAUAUAUAUAUAUAUAUAUAUAUAUAUAUAUAUAUAUAUAAAAAUAUAAAAAAAACAACAACAGUGAGUUAGAUUCUUUAAAUUUUUAGGAAAAAAAAAAAAGAAAGAAAGUAUAACAUUCUGUUUGGCUUUGGUGGCAUAAUUCGACGGUUUGUCCCUGUAAAAGCAUGUCACUGCAUUUCCAAAAAUAACAAUCGAGAAUAAAUUUAAGGGUUUUUUUUGUUUACAAUAAUAAAAAAAAAUAAUCUGAAUGCAAAAAGACAUUAUUUCGAAUUCAUGCCACAAUGGAAUUUUAACUGUAAUAAAAUACAGCCUACCCAAUUCACAAUAAGAGCGAUGAUGUAUGAAAAGUGUUUCCGGAGUGUAACAGCUUCCGCUGUCUGCUUUCUGAAGAGUCUCAGGUUGCUUUUCCUCUCUAGUCCUUAAAGCUCACAUUUCUGAAAUGAAGCACAAUUGAGUGUGAAAUAAAAACACUUCAUUAUAAUAUA